GUUUUGCAGCAUACAUCGGACUUCUAUGAGCGUGACGUCCCCUGUAGUGGAUGUUCCAGCUGAAGCAACAGCACAAGCAGCCACACAUGUUUCGACUGAGACAUUUCAAGUUGCCCUAGCCAGUUGCACUGCACCUCAAGAUUUCGUGAUGGAAAUCGACGGGCUGUUUACGCCACUGAAAGCGCUUCCUCUGCAGCGGCCACCGCCAAGCAUAGUAAAUGCUAGCAUUGCUUACAUAGCCGGGUUUGUGGCGAGAGCAGUCGAAGAGCGGAGGACAUGUAGCUUCUGCCCUUCCCUUCAUCAAUCAGAUUCAUCCAGUCCUGUGCUAAUGGGGCUAAUUAGCCUGCAGUCAAGGGGUGGCCUAACUUUCCCAAAGCUUGAAUUUGUCACGGUGCUUGUGACCAUUAAGAAGGCUGUUGACAUUGCCCUGCCGCACAUAAAAAAAGAGAAUGUGCGUCAGCAGCUCGCUGGACUGAUUUUGCCUCACCUUGAACGGUGCCCUCUUUUUGUAUGCUCAGCAAGAGAUGAGCAUGGUGCGAGCACGCUGUCAGUGGUCUUCGGCAAGUUUAUUAAGCCACUCUUGUCCAAUGUUGGUGCGGCUGUGACAGAUAGGGCUGUUUACCGGAAAAAGCUUGCAUGUAAGCCACUGUGCCGGAAAGUGCUCCGUGUGUGAAAUUGUGCAACGCAUAAAAAACAUGGUGCAUACUAUGUGCCUCAUUUUCGGGGAUGUUUCUGUAAAUUAAGCGUCAUGUGUAAACUUGUAUGUAAGUCACUACUCUGCAAUGUUCUCCGUGUACAGAAGUGCGCAAUGCAGAAAAACAUGCUGCAAACCAUCCUUUUUCGUUGCUGUAAAUAAAGUGUCCCGUAUCCUGAAAUGACGUUGUUUGUCCUCUUGCCCAGCAGUAGCUUCGGUGCAUUAGCCUCCAAUGUUUUUAGCAACCGCGGGAAAAAUAUU